CUUUUAAAACGCGCCUCGGCUCAGACGUGCAUUUUGACCUCCUCUUCUUGCCGUAGUCGGAGGCGUUCCGCCCCUGGGUUCGUUUUCAAAGAGACAACACAGAGUACAAGUUUAGGUUGCGAUUAUCUGUUUGCUGUAUUCAACUAUUAAUAACCAUCAUAAUUUAAAUCUGCAGCACGGCAUUUGGAAAUGGCAUACCAACUGUACAGAAAUACAACACUCGGCAACAGCUUGCAAGAAAGUCUGGACGAGCUGAUUCAGACCCAGCAGAUAACCCCUCAGCUUGCCCUUCAAGUUCUUCUUCAGUUUGACAAAGCAAUAAAUACAGCACUGGCACACAGAGUUCGAAACAGAGUAAACUUUCGGGGUUCCCUCAACACCUACAGAUUCUGUGAUAAUGUCUGGACAUUUGUGUUAAAUGACGUUGAAUUCAGAGAAGUUACUGAUCUAGUAAAGGUUGAUAAAGUAAAAAUUGUUGCUUGUGAUGGUAAAAAUACUGGUUCAAAUACGGCCGAGUGAAAUCAUGUAGCUGCAUCUUUGUAGUAAUUAAUACUAAAAAUGAAGUAGCCUUGCCAAGCCGGGGACAUGCUUCAGAAAAUUCAAGUUGGACUAUAUUUAUAUUUAUUGCAGUGAAUUAUCUGAUUUAAAAGCCUUCAACAACCGUAUAAUGGAUCUCAAAGCACAGAAGUGCUGGAGGUGUUCAAGUGAAAUGAACAAUGUAUGUAUCCUUUUUUUUUUUUUUUUAAAUGAGAGAUUUUGUAUUUCAAGUUCACUUUUUCCCUUAUGUUAAAUUUGUUUAAUAAACUUUUAUUUAAAA